UCAACAAGAGAGCGGGACGUCCAAACGCAACCCUCGAUUGAAUCCCGCCUUCGCAACCUCUUCUUUCACUCUCCAAUGACCAAUUUUCUGUUCAAAGUUCCUCUGCGUCUCUUUGCUCAAGAACUCCAGAAGUUUGCAGGGAACGACCCCACAAUUUCCCGCAAAUUCCUCUCUUCUCUGUCUAAAAUCUCUGAAUCAACCAACAAUCGGACGGUCGACUACCUUGUUCAUACCCUUGGAUUCUCCAAGGAUUCAGCUCUCGCCGCUGCGAAGCGAAUCCAUCUCAAAUCUACUGCAAAUCCCGACUCUGUCAUUGCUCUCUUCAAGGCCUAUGGAUUCACACUGUCUGAUACUGCCAGUAUCUUUUGCAGACAUCCUAAUCUCCUCCUUGCCGAUCCGGACACAAUACUCAAACCUAAGAUUGAGUUUCUCUCUCGAAAUGGUUUCACCGGUCAUGUUCUCGUCGACGUAAUCUCUAGGGAUCCGUCAAUUCUUAGAAGGAGUUUGAAGAAGCAGAUUGUUCCGUGUAUUGAUUUUCUCAGAAAUUUCUUUGGCUCUACUGAUGGUAUAGUCUCGCUCUUUUCUGCUAGACGUGGGACUUGGGUUUUGCGAAAGUUUUCAGAAUCUGUGGCUCCCAAUAUCGAACUAUUGAGAGCUAAUGGCGUGCCCGAUUCGAACAUCGCGAAGAUUUUUUGGGUGCGCCCGAGGACACUAGCAAGGGAUGCGGAAGAGUUCAGUGACAUCGUCGAGAAGACGAAGGAAGCUGGUUUUAAUCCUUCGAGCCCGAUGUUUACUUAUGGGCUGUGUACGUAUUUAGGGAUGAAAAAGGACAAAUGGUUAUCGAAACUGCAUAUUUUUACAAGUUUUGGGUGGUCAGAGGAGCAGUUUCAAUCUCUAUUUCUCAAGCAGCCCACGAUUAUGAAUUCGUCUGAAGAGAAAAUAAAGAGGGCCUUGAAUUUCUUUAUGAACAAAUUGGACUGGACGCACGAAGAAAUUUCCAAGUACCCAAAUCUACUUUAUCUUAGUGUUGAAAAAAGGGUGGUUCCGAGGUCGUCUAUUCUUCAGCACCUGAUAUCAAAAGGUUUUAUCAAGAAGACAAGUUUUGGCAGGGCAUUUUUGAUGAGCGAGGAUAAGUUUUUGGUCAAGUUUGUGAUGCAGUAUCUUUCUGAGGACCCACAUCUACUUGAGAUGUACCAGAAGAAGAUGGCAGUUUUAUAAACGCUUGGAGUGCAAUUCAGAUUCUCGUAAUGCGAUGCAAAACUUCAGAGUAGCAUUUUUCUUCUUCCUCAGUGGUCUAAGAUGUUAUUCAUCCAAGAACAUGAACUUCCUGUUAGCAAUGAUAUUGUAAAUGGGAACAUUCUUGGUGACUACGUUCAAGUUGCUUCCAAGUUUAGAGCUGAUACAGGGGUUGAAUGUUUCCAUACUGCCAUGAAUGAACGUUGUAAAUGUGUAAAUGCAUUAUUAAUCCUUUUCUGUUACUUCUGCUGCAGUUUGAUUAUCGUUUUGAAUCCAACAUAACAUAUGUUUAGUUCGGUUCGACUUC